AUGCCCUGUUUGCUGGCCCGCAUACCGGUGCCGGCAACACCUGACAGUAUGGUGAUGUUUGACAACCACUUCGACGACAAUCGUACUGUAGCCCAUUCCUCCGCAGGCAGAAACAGUCAGUGUAAAGAAUACCGCCCCUUAACUCCCGGCUUUGACAUCCCUUUACAGAUUUGUACUACAUACAAAAAUCCAUUAAGAUGUGUUGCGGACCUUGCGGUGGAUGCUGUGGUGGUGGCUGCGGUGGACCCUGUUGUCCCUGCAUUACUAUCUACACGUGCUGUACCAAGAUCUGUUAACAUGCAUUCCGAAGAGUAUAACCUUGUCAUGUACACAAUUUUCGGUGCUGUUACG